AUGCCCUGCCACUCCCGCCCAGUCUCCUUCACUCCUUGGAAUCCCCAUCCUCACGCACACCAACCCGCGUGCGUGCGUGCGGCGGAAAAACCCAACCUAGGGCCCACCAUCCGCGCCUGGGCCUCUUCGGAAUUGAUGAGCCCCGUAGCAGAUCUUCAGGGCCCACGGGGCUUCGUCCCCCUCGACAAAAACAACACAUCAGACUCAAUGACGCGUAGAUAUCGAAUCCCACGCAUUGGCUUGCUCCCAUAUUCCUCUGGCCCUCUGGUCGGCUAUCUUGCCAUCUCUCCAACACGGCUCACCGCAACGUGUUCACCCCUGGGGCAGCUAGGGCGGGCUGUGCGCCAACGUUGAAAUCUCGGUUCGAGACCCACUGUUACGUACCGCCAUAGACACGAAGGCGGUGUCUGGUGCACAUCGCUGCCCUCGCGACGUUGAAACGUAUGUCGGGUCCGUUGAGCUUAGG